AAAGUUAACAGCAGGAUUUUAUAAUAUCGUGUGAAUUAGUUUUCUUUUAUAGUUUUUACAUUUCUACCUCUUCGUUAUUUUUAAUACGCUCCGAAACUCCACAUUGUCCAAAUUGAAAAUUGUUGCUUCGCCGGACGUGGCGCUAGCUGUCAAGCACACACGUGUUUUCCUCUAAUUCAAAUUUAGGCAACAAAAAUAGAUAAGGAAAAAGAAGAAAUGGUUGCUGCCUCAAAUAAAUUCUUACACCCUAAAAGUAGAAAAUGUGUAGCAAUGGUGAAGAAAGUGAGAAAGGAAUCAAAAAAGGAGCAGCAUAAAAAAGAUUACAAACUGAAACAAUCAUUGAUUGCAGAUAAGCUGUUAUGGUUUCAAAAACAUAUAGAUCCUGAUAUUUGUCCGUAUACAGUUGAACUGACAGCUGAACUAAUUGAACAAUACAUUGCACGUAAUAAUGAAGAAUUGGAGCAAAUUAAAAUCAAAAGAUCAAUCGGUAAUAAAAGGAAUAAACAACAUAUUGGCCGUGAAGAUGCUAUAUGUAUGACUAAGAAACGAGAGACAAGUGAUUAUGAAACCUGUGGGUUUGAAAUUCCAGAUAUUCUGAAUAAAGUUCACUGUGAAAUGUUAAUGAAAUGGAAUGGUGACAUAAAACUUUUACCUAACUUCAAAUUUAUACACUUUAGUAAGAAGAGAGCUAAAGCAGUAAAAGUUAAAUCAAAUAUUAAUGUUGCAGUGGAAAAUAUAAAUGGCACGUUGAAAAACAAAAGUAAAAAUGUACCUGAAGUAAUAAAAGAUGAAACCAAUAGUUCUCAUAUCAAUAUUCCUAAAAAUGAUGAAGGAAUGGAAACUGAAUAAGAUUACGUAAAUUAGAAAUAUUAAUUUUAUUAAAUAUGUACAUAUUUUAUAUUUACAGUUAACUAAACUUAUCAUUUAUAUGUUAAAUGAAACUUUAUAUUUAA